UGCGAGUAGACCGCAACCGCUGGAAAGGAUCGCCCCAAUCUGUUCUCUGAUUAGCUCAUUCAAAUUCUGUCCGCUGUCGCGCAUGCUCGUUCCAUCUUAUAAGCGUACAGAGUGCCGAGCCCCUCGUAUUCUCCGUGCUGUUGCGAUACUGUUCACGUGUUCCUCGUUAAAGCGUAUCGUAUUACAACUUUCACGAUGGUGUCCGAGACGGUUCAGCUACCUCAAAUAGAAUUGUUCAACCGAGUAUUGGGGCUGCCGAUGAUCGAGUUUGCGCUGACCAAGUCGGCUUCGACGUACUCUCGAGUUAAGGAUUCUCACCAGCUGGUGUAUUGGGCACUUUCGAGUGCCGAGGCGUCCCUGAGCAAUGCGACAAACCAGGCGGUUCCAAUUGCAGCUCCGAUCGCGAAGAGACUUGAGAAUUCGAUUCAUCUGGUUGACCAGACGCUGUGCAAAGGACUUGACAAGAUCGAAGAGAAGGUCCCAAUGGUCAAGGAGAAGCCUGAAAUUAUCCUCGAGUCAGCCGUUGGACUCGCGAUGAGGACCGUCCAGCCGGCAGUAUCGCGGAUUUCAUACGUCAACGACCUCUUCUUGACUCAAGCGGCCAGUCUGAAGACCCUGAGCUGGAACAAGGCGAACGACAUCCUUGGGACUCAGGUUGGAACAGUGGCGCUUCAGGGAUUCGAUAGCACCGCUGCGGUUGCUGACAAGUUGAUCGACCAUUAUUUCCCGGCUUCUGGAGUAGAGGAGGAUACAGUUCCGGUUUCGUUGGAAGAGGACAAAUUACUGCAUACUCUGCAGACUGUCGGGCGUCUAUCCAACAAGGCUGCUCGUCGGGUUUACGCGAGUGUGAGCCAACGCCUCAAAACUCUAGGCACCGAUGAUUUGAGAGAGUACGUGAGUCACAUUGUCACAAUUCUGCAUCUGAACCAGUACCUCAACGCCAUUAAUGACAAAGUCCAGGCGAUGACGGGACCGAAGGAGGAAGCGAGCAUAUCUACUACAUCCCAGAAAUCCUUAUAAUUGACAUGUUUUUUAAAUUUUCAUUUACAUUUCUUUUUCAUUGCCAAAGUUCACAAUUUGAAAGAAAUUUCUCAGAGCGAUGUUCUCUAUUUAUGUAAUAUUUUUAUGUCAACUAGUGUAG